AGAAACUUCUUUCUUUUAUUUUUCUUCUUAAAUACAUUUAUUUAUUUUAUUUAUUAUUAUUUUUCCAUUAAAAGAAAGGGGCCAAUUUUGAAUUGUUCCUCAUUGGGGGUUUUUCUCGAACACCUUCUCCGGAAACCCCAAAGAAGUUCCUGCAAUAUGGGAUUGGAGGUAUCUGGAUUCGGGUUUAGCAUUUUUAUUUGCAUUUACAUUUUGUAGAAUCAGAUUCCAUAGUCCUAGUUAGAGUGGCGCGUAUCACUGCCUAAAUUUGAUUCCUUUGUUUGUGCCCACAAAACUAUUGAGUGGUCAAAAUCUAUAGUGUGCUUAAAAAACUUAACUUUGAUGAGUAUUUUUGUUAGUGUGAAUGGAGGUUGAGUUCUUUCACUGAAGAAGGAACGAGUUAGUUCAGUUUUUUGUUCCUUUUUCAUUUGGGGUGGCUUGGUUUUUUAUCAUGGCCAUGGGAGGAAGAAGAAUCUCUGAGGAAUUGAGCCCCAGGUAUUAUGCUCUUUGUGCUGUUGGCGGAAUGCUCAGUGCUGGCACUACCCAUAUUGCUCUAACUCCUCUUGAUGUCUUGAAGGUCAACAUGCAGGUGUACCCUGUGAAGUAUUACAGCAUUUCCAAGUGCUUUUCUUCCUUACUGAGGGAACAAGGGCCUUCUGCCCUUUGGAGGGGAUGGACUGGCAAGUUCUUUGGCUACGGCGCACAGGGUGGCUGUAGGUUUGGUCUCUAUGAAUAUUUUAAGGGGGUUUAUUCCAAUGUGUUCGUAGACCAGAACAGGAACUUUGUUUACUUUCUCAGUAGUGCGUCUGCUGAAAUGUUUGCCAAUCUAGCAUUGUGUCCAUUUGAAGCUGUAAAAGUGAGGGUUCAAGCGCAACCAUGCUUUGCUAAGGGCUUGCACGAUGGCUUUCCGAAGUUAUAUGCAGCAGAAGGCACACGAGGAUUCUACCGUGGACUUUUUCCACUUUUGGGUCGAAACCUUCCAUUUUCCAUGGUUAUGUUUGCAACAUUUGAGCAUUCCGUUGAUUUUUUGUAUCGUAAUGUUGCUAAAAGAAGAAAGGAAGAUUGUUCUAUAGCUCAACAGCUUGGUGUGACAUGUAUAGCUGGAUAUGCAGCCGGAUCUGUUGGUAGUUUCAUUUCCAAUCCUGCUGACAAUAUUGUAUCCUCUCUCUAUAACAGAAAGGCCGAUAGUUUCAUGCUGGCUAUCAGAAAAAUUGGGUUUGCCAAUCUAUUUACCAGGAGCCUUCCUAUUCGACUUUUGCUUGUUGGUCCCUCGAUAACUUUGCAAUGGUUUUUCUAUGACACCAUCAAAGUUUUAGGCGGACUGUAAGCCGACUAGUGGCGAAGUUGCAACCGACUUGAGAGAUGAUGCAAGCUAGAAUGGAAUUCCGCAGUCUGCAGUCUGCAGUCUAAUUUUUGCAUCGAUUGCAAGACGAUUUUAUAGUAUACACCGGAAUAAUUUUUUUGUGGCAGCUUUUUUGUUUUCUGCCACCAUUUAUCAACCUUGAAUUCUGUCAUGAUAGGGUUUCAGAUAAGCUUUUGAAGUUUGGUUUUGAAGAAAAGAGCCAAUUUCUGUUAUUACUUCUUGUAGUAGCCAUGGAUUUAGCCAAAGAACUUGAACAUUUACCAGCAAUGUCUUUGCUAUCAGUUUACCAUUUAUGGUGCCAUUGCCUCCCUCAAUUUUAUCUGAUAUUAAGU